AGAAGAAGAAGCUGUGGGCGGGGCUUUUCUCUGUGGCGUGUGUAAACACAGAUAAAGUCAGGCAUUGGUGAGAAGCAGGCCGUUGCUUCGCUCAGAGUACGUGAGCUAUAAGAUCCAAGUGAGGCUGGUCUCCCAGAAAACCUCGACUUAACAUUUUUGGUUAAUUUCCUUUACAGACAUGCAGUCUGCAGUGAGACAGAACCUGCACUCAGAGGUUGAAGCAGACAUUAAUAAACUCAUCAACCUGAAGUUCUGUGCAUCCUACACCUACCUCGCUCUGGGGAUGUAUUUUGACAGAGAUGAUAUUGCUUUGCCAAAUUUCUCCGGUUUUUUCCUUGAGCGCUCAUCAAAGGAGAGGGAACAAGCUGAGAAGCUGCUGGAAUAUCAGAACAUGAGAGGAGGCCGAAUUUUACUUCAGACUAUUGCUAAACCAAGUAGGGAGGAUUGGAAAGGUGGCCUGGAUGCUAUGUCUUUUUCUCUGGAUUACCAGAAGUCUCUCAACACAUGUAUCCUUAAUGUGCACCGCAGAGCUGGCAUCCACACUGACCCUCAUCUAAGUGACUUUCUCGAGGGGCACUUCCUCACUGAUAGCCAUGACACCAUCAAGAAGCUGGGUGAUUAUGUUGGAAGUCUGACCCGCAUCACUGGAUCAGAGAAUCAUGGUCUAAUGGGAGAAUACCUGUUCGACAAACACACUCUGUAAAAGGUCACAGCUCCACAUUUGAAAAUAUUACACUGAAAGAGAUGUUUAAACACAAAAUACAAUGCGAAACUUGAAAACCACUGGAAAAGAAACAUUCUCAAUAUGGUGCUAUGCAGUUUCUUAAGCUGUUACAAUAAAAGUUUUAUAUUUUAUUAUCAUUUCAUACAUUCCAGUGUGCAAGAGGCUUUAGACCUCACUGCCUUUUGCAAAUGUCAUUUACUAUAUCAACUAGAUUGAUUUAAAACUGGAAUGAUCAUGAAUAAAUUCCAAUUUUGCUGA